CGGUCCAAAAGAACCGUCUGACCUCUGGGGGAAAAUAGCGAACCAGAAGCUGCUCGGUUAUGUAAAAGAAAAAUACAGCUUAACUCAAUUUUUCUCCUUUCAGUUUUCUCGCGGCCACGACGGCGAACUAAACCGGUACUCUUUCUUCUCCGAUCUGAAACCCUAUUAUCAAGUGAAUCUCUACUAGUACCACACGAUGGUGAACUUGUUCUUAUCUGAGCCCAAGUGGGACGACGAUGCUCACAACAGCAUCAACACCGACGUGAUUUUGCCUCAGUUGAAUAAACUGAGCUCUCACAUCCAAUCACUGGUGACUCGCGGAGCUCGAUCAGAAGCUAGGCUUUGGCUUUGCAGCGCCCUCUCAACCCUCUCUAUAUCCUCUAGAAGGAAAGUCAAUCUUUUCAUGAAGUUGCUGAGAUCAAAACCAAGAAAGAAGCAGCUCGUCUCUCAGCUCCUCCAGUUAAUGUUUGAAAAGAGGCCUAAGAAGCUUGGAUCUUUGUUAGCUAAACGAAGUCAUCUACUAGAGAGAUUCUUCGAAGGGAAUCCAAAGCGUAUACUAGAGUGGUUCUCUGAGUUUGCAUUUGAUGGCGGCUCUGAUCACAAACGAGGCGCAAAGGCCUUGGCCCAGUUUGCAUUUGCUAACCGAGAUAUCUGCUGGGAGGAGCUCGAGUGGCGAGGCAAACAUGGGCAGUCUCCUGCUGUUGUUGCUACCAAGCCUCAUUACCUUCUCGAUCUCGACGUCCAACGAACCGUUGAGAAUUUAUUAGACAACGUUCCUGACUUCUGGUCGUCCAGCGAGUUUGCCGAGUCGCUCAAAGACGGGCAGAUUCUGUUCCUCGACGCCAAAUUCUUUCUAGAUCUCUUUGCCCGUUUCAUGUAUGAUGAAGACGUGAGCGAUGUGUGGGAUGCUGUGGAGGAGUUUGUGACGGAGGAGUCUUUCUCUUCUUUGACGCAGCAUCUGCUUAUCACUCUCGAGGAGCGUGACUUGUGUCGGUUUCUUGAGUUGCUUGGAAGCUGUUUCGAUUCGAGAGUUGAAUCAUGGGGUGUUGGUGAUUCUUCGUCUUCCUGGCUUGGGGUUUUUGUGUCGAGAUAUGGUGGUGAUGCAGAGUCUAUAGAUGAGUUGCUGCUGUUGAAUUCUGUUAUAAAUCAAGGUCGUCAGCUAGUGCGGCUUGUGCGUGAGGAGAAUGUGGAUGAGGAAGGAGAGGUGUUGAAAGAAACUAUUGCAGAUGUAUGCAGGGGUUUGGAGAAGGGAAGUAGCUUUUGUCUGAUUAUGAGAGAGCUUUGGAAGAUGAAACAGACAGAGGUGAUCAGAGUACUGGGGAUACUUUCUUGGACUGUUCAGUUUAGAUUAUCUGAGGAGUGUCAGAGUCCAGAUUCGUGGGAGUCUCUGUUUAGAGAAAAUGGGAUUGAGUUCCGUAGGUCGAGUGACCACUCGUUGGUAAGUCAUGAAGGAUUCUCUGAAGAAAGCGAAUCUGACUCUGAUGGAAGAAGGCGUGUUUCUAAAAAGAGACACAAGAAGGGGAAGAAGAAGAAUAGAGCUAAGAAAAAGAAGAGAGAUAUUGAUGAUGAGGAUAAGGAUGAUGUUCUCAUUGAUGAUGAGGUUUUAGGUUUGAAUCAAAUAAGUCGAAGUUGGUUGCUAUCUACUGAUGGGUUUUCUGCAACAUGGACCAGUGUGGAUUUACCGGAACACGUUGCAAAGUAUUGUUUGUCCACAUGGAUGAAGUGGUUUCUAGCUAGACAAAGAUGAUUCACAACUCAGAUGACAAAAUGGUAAGAUCCUACAAUAGGUCCAAUAGUGCGACACUCUGAUAUGUCCGCUAAGAAGUCGCCACUCAUUAGAGCUUGAUUGAAAAUGGUACGAAUGAGAAGAUAUUAAAGAGUGUGAACGGCAAUAGCAAAUCCUCCCUUAGGUGGUCUAACACUAUAAAAUGUUGAAGCAAGGAAAUAGCUCAAGAGGCAAAGACUAUGAAAUUGCAUCAUAUGAUAUCUCAGUUAAAGACUAUUGUAACUUGGCUUAUUUAUUUGGCCACCAAUUAUUUUGCGCACAUGUUAAUCUCGUGACUUCCUUUAAGGCAACGCAGUUCAUUUAAUUCUA